GGACAUGGCAGGGCUUUGCUGCGGUAGCGGGAGGCGUGUUUUGAGCACCUGUUCUACGUUCCGAACCUUGAGGGACAGGGUAGGAAGGCAGUGUCGGGAUUCUAUUUCAUUUUACACAAUCACUGUGCCUCUCGCUAUUGGAAUUGCUAAGUGCCCCUACCCUCAUAGAGGAUCGCAUGGAACUUCGCCUCUACACGAAUUCUGCCGGUUUAUCGUUUGAAUAUGGGCUUUCCUGUGGCACAUCGGAGAGGGGCAUGGGCAUACCCCCUUGUUUCCUGCGUUAUCCCUUUCGUGCUUUUUAUCCCCCAAGCACUAGCAAGUGUCUCUUCCAGCGGCACCAGUUCUGCCAUCACCUCCUCCAAAAAUGACGUGACCGUCGGGGAAACCAGGUUAUCCGUUUUCACUCUGGAUUAUCCUCAUGUACAGAUACCAUUCGAGAUAACACUGUGGAUCCUGCUGGCAUCCUUAGCCAAGAUCGGUUUUCAUCUCUAUCAAAAGUUACAUACCAUUGUUCCAGAGAGUUGCCUCCUCAUCCUUGUUGGACUAGUUCUCGGAGGCAUUAUGUUUGGUGUUAAUGAAAAGUCACCUCCGGCCAUGAAGACUGAUGUCUUUUUCUUGUACCUUUUGCCUCCAAUUGUGUUAGACGCAGGUUAUUUUUUACCAACACGACCAUUCUUUGACAAUGCAGGCACUAUAUUCUGGUAUGCUGUGGUGGGUACUCUUUGGAAUGCCAUUGGGAUUGGAAUCUCCCUCUUUGGCAUCUGCCAGAUUGAAGCCUUCGGGUUGACCAACAUUUCCUUGCUGCAGUGCCUUCUUUUUGGCAGCCUCAUUUCAGCCGUGGACCCUGUUGCUGUUCUUGCUGUUUUUGAAAAUAUUCAUGUCAACGAGCAACUUUACAUUCUAGUAUUUGGAGAAUCACUAUUAAAUGAUGCUGUAACUGUGGUUCUGUAUAACUUAUUCAAGUCGUUCUGUGAGAUGAAAACAAUUGAAACCUCUGAUGUUUUCUCAGGAAUCGCCAUUUUAUUUCUAGUGGGAAUUGGAGGAUUUUUUAUUGGAAUUAUUUUUGGUUUUGUAGCUGCAUUCACUACUCGCUUCACUCGCAACAUCCGUGUGAUAGAACCUCUUUUUGUCUUCUUGUACAGCUACUUGUCUUACUUAACAGCGGAAAUGUUCCACCUCUCCGGCAUUGUGGCUAUAACAACUUGUGCCGUGUCCAUGAAAAAGUAUGUAGAGGAGAAUGUUUCCCAGAAAUCAUAUACCACAAUCAAGUAUUUUAUGAAGAUGCUCAGCAGUGUUAGUGAGACUCUGAUCUUCAUUUUCAUGGGUGUUUCCACAGUUGGUCAGAACCAUGAAUGGAACUGGGCCUUUGUCUGCUUCACAUUAUUCUUCUGCUUGUUCUGGCGUGCAGCAGGUGUAUUUAUUCUGACUCAACUCAUCAACUUUUUCCGUACGAUCCCUCUGACUAUGAAGGACCAGUUUAUUAUAGCCUAUGGAGGACUUCGGGGGGCAAUAUGCUUUGCACUUGUUUUUCUGCUUCCCGACUCAGUGUUUCCUAGGAAGAACCUUUUUAUUACAGCUGUUAUUGUUGUGAUCUUUUUCACCGUUUUUAUUCAGGGAAUUACCAUUCGCCCCUUGGUGGAGUUUUUAAAUGUGAAAAGAGCAGACAAAAAGCAACAGAUUAUCAGUGAAGAAAUCCAUAGCAGGUUCUUGGAUCAUGUAAAAGCAGGUGUUGAAGACAUAUGUGGGCACUGGGGACACAAUUACUGCAAGGAUAAGUUUAAAAAAUUUGAUGAAAAAUUUCUCCGUAAGUUGUUGAUUAAAGAGAAUGAGCCAACGUCAAGCAUUGUCUCUUUGUAUAAAAAACUGGAAAUCAAGCAAGCUAUUGAGAUGGCAGAAACAGGCUUAAGUAGAGACCCAUCUUUGUCUUCAUUAUCCACAUAUGAAAAACAAAAAGUAAAGCCGCUUUCUCCCACUGAGGUAAAUGAUAUGCGGGACAUGCUAACCAAGAAUCUUUACCAGAUACGUCAGCGGACAUUGUCCUACAACAGACACAACCUUGCAGGAGGGACCAGUGAAAAGCAAGCAAAAGAAAUUUUGAUUCGUCGUCGGCACAGCAUGAGGGAAAGUCUGAAGAAAAGCAGCCUUAAUUCAAGAAGAGCGGCCACUGUUCACCAAGCACGAUAUUUAUCACUUCCUGGACAUACAAAGCUAUUUGAAGGUCCAACAGGAAAAAAAACAACUUCUUUCACAGUUGGAGAUAGUGACUCAGAUUCCAGCUAUUCCACCCAGUUAAACUUCCAUCCUAGGGCUGGAGAUAUUUUAAGGGACCAAAGACAAAAGCGGCAGCCAUACAGCAGCUUUGAGUGGAAGAAUGAGAGGGAUGGGGCAGAUAAUGUCCUGGACAAAGCACAAACACCGAGAGGACCUCGGGACCCACUGUUACCCAGAACACGGUUUGAACCCUUGAGUGAAGACAAAGUGAAAGAUGAAGAGGAUAUUCUACCCAUACCACCACCACGCACUAGACGGUCUUCUGAGCCUGAGAAUUGGAAAAAGAAUUACAGAGAAUUUAAACCUCCCCCUAGGGCACCCAGAUAAGCAGGAGUAAAAUAAUCUUGUAAUGGUAUAGCUUUAUUAUACAUAUAUGUUUAUCCAGCACUUACUAAAAGUAAAACAGGCAGUUCAUAAGGCAUAUACAGUGUUGCACUACUAUUCUGAAGGAUUUUUAUUUGUAAAAAAAAUGUUGAAAUAUGAUUUCAAUUUAUAUGUGCAGUAUGUGCUCUAUCUGUUGAGUAACUUUCAGAAUCCUCUCUUCUAGAUUACCUAUAAGGGUAUAAGGGGCAUGGCAAGAACUGCAGUUUUUGAACAGCCAAAUGUCUGUAGUUUAUUUGGCUAAACUAUUGAUUAAAUUGCAAUUAUUUUGCAUACAAUCAUCAUAACACCCUUUUAGAACAGGCACUUUUUGGUGCAUUUUAUUUAUAUUUCAUUUCAUAGAAAGUAUUAUGCGCUGUGUUAAAAUUAAUUUAAUGUGUAUUUAAGCUAGUUUUAUCCCUGCCUGCUAAAAAACAAGUUUUUACUAUACUGUGCUACUACCUAAAAUAACGGACAUAAAGGGUUGGGCAGGUUUAUUGGUGUUAUUAUUAUUCCCAUUUUACACUGAGGCACUAAUUCUACACUACAAAAUUCUUAAAACACUAGUAAUGCCUUCCCGACCCCUCUUGCCAUAUAGUUAACAUAUCCCAUCAUCUUCAGUAAAAGGUGCUUGAUGAUGAUCUCCAAAGAAGGGGUGGUAGCAAGAGACUUUGUUGUUUCUGUUUUGUGACCCUAGACACCUCCACAAUAUUUAAUCUAAUGAUCAAUUCAGAGCAAGGCCAAAUAGUAUUGCCACCCAAAGCAGUACUAAUUGUCCCUGCGCCCCACCCUCUGCCCGCUUGUACCCCCGUCUGCCUCUUCUAACCCCCCACUGCUUUUUUCCUUUCCUGGCAGUCUGUCUGCCGACAAGAACUGCAACUAACCCCUAAGCAGCAUGGGCUCCCCCUUUCAUUUCCAGUUCUUUGUGCCUAAUGACAAGAACUGACAACACUGUGCAUUACUAGAUCAUAAUAAUCACUGGCUUCUCAAUUAGUCUGUUAUUAGCAUUUGCAGUGACAUGUUUUCUAGGCACUGUUUGCAGUGGUUAGUUACAUGACCUGCUGCAAAUCCCAUUCAUUCAUCUCUGGUAACAAAUCUUUCACCUUGUGGUUCCGCGCUAAUGUAAGAUUUGAUAUUGGGGUAUCGCUGAUAUGGGAGUGUUAUAGCUGUUUCUUUGCGGGAAGGAAGGAGCCACUGUUUUGAGGUCUGUAUACUAUAUAUAAUUGCAUAUUGCUGGGGCCAAAAGUCUGAGGUCUGAUGUUCACAUUUUAUUGAAUUUCUACUGGUCUGGGUUUUUAUACUCAAAUUCCUCUGCACUAACUUGAGGGCCACAAUGUGUGUUGUACUGUAUGUCACAUUUAACACAACAGGGACCAUUGUCAAAUGUCCUUGUUCAUACUACAGGCUACAGAUGUGUAAGCAGUGAUGUAAGGUCUGAUAUUUAGAUGCACAUAGCAGGGUCCCCAGAUGCUGAAUGUUACAUUGCAGUACACGGACUGGGCUUCUGGUCUGUGUUUUGUUUGUUGAGUACCCUAGAAUCACUGAAACAGCAGAACCAGUGCCACUUAUCACCAACAUUAUACAAUUUCCAAAGACUCAAACCAAAAAUUAAAUAAACUUCAUAAAUCACUUUUUAAAUUUUUGUAGCCAAGUACACUUUAAAUACAGGUAUAAGUUUAUGCGUUUAUAUAUGCAUGUUGGGAUUCCUGAAAGAGGGUGUAUAAAUGUGCCUAAUAUGGGAUAGAAGCUUCAAUCCUCUACGCUGUUCCUCAGAACUAUCAAUGAUUUAACUUAAUGGAGAGUUAUCACUUCAUUCUGUGUCUUGUUCGUGUACAUUAAAGAGGUUCUUCACCAUUUUUCUAAUA